AUGUACAUGUUUGGCUUGAGGGUUUGUUUCAAUUGCAAGACAGCCGGCAGCCGCCCACCGCGGCAGCAGGACCCUUGCGUCCUGCUGCUGCUCCUGCAGCAGCUCCUACUGCUGCAGCUGCUGCUGCUCCAUCUUCAGCAUGCAGCAGCAGGCACGCCUCUAGUGCCGCCAUGCGGCUUUCUCUGCCUUCAGAGGGGGAGCGCCCCUUUGUCUGCUCACGCUGCAACAGCAGCAACAGCAGCAGGAAACCCAGCAGCAGCGGCAGCACGUACCGGAGGGGCAGCAGUAGGAAACCCGGCAACAGCAACAGCAUUGGCAGGAACAGCAGCAGCAACAUCAGGCAGGCAUAUCUAUUGUCAGGGUAGCAUUGCGAAUAACAAUUCAACAGGACACCGUCUGUACAACCCACGCCUUGCUGCUGCUGCUCGUGGUGCUGCUGCUACUACUGCUCUUGCUGCUGCUCCUCCUAUUUCUCCUGCCGACGCACCUGUCGACAAUAGUAAUGCUGCUGUAGAAACCGUUGAUGCUGCCGCUGCCUCUUUUUUGCUGCGCGUGCUGCAGCAGCAGCAUUCGGAUGGCUGCGUGGAGUCUGCUUGGACCACUGCAGCAGCAGCGACACAGGCAACAGCAGCAGCAGCAAAAACACGACAGCAGCAACAACUGCCUGUCUUACUGCUAAGUUGCAGCGGGGGCUCAGACAGCACAGCUCUUCUGCAUGCAGUUGCACGUGGGCUUGGCCUCAGCGCUGCUACUCCGCGCGCCGUUGCUGCUGCUGCUGCUGCCUGCAGCUUUGAGCAAGCGGUGCAGCAGAAAGAACAGCAUAAACAGCGGCAGCAACGACAGGAUAGAUAUGGAUUAGACAGCAUUGCAGAAGGAACGGGUGUGAGUAACCACGCGCCGAGCAGUAGCAUCAACAACAGCAGCAGCAACACCACCACCAGCGGCAACCGCAGCAGCAGCACCGGAAUGGCAGCUUGCAUGCAGGUGAACGGCAUGGGGGCGAUGGUUGCUGCGGUGUACUUUGACCAUCGGCUACGCCCCAGAGAAGCAAGGAAAGAGCAGCAGCAAAUAGCAGCAGCAUGCCGCGCCUACGGGAUUCCGCUGCACUGCAGGCAGCUCCCAGACAGCCUUCUAAGCGCAUGCAAAAAGCAGCAGCAGCAGCAGGCCAACAGCAAACGCAGCAGCAAAGGGUCGCCGCAGCAGCUCAUGCGCAACUGGCGCCGAGUCGAGGCUGCAGCGCUACUGACUAAGAUCAUCCAUCAGCAGCAGCAGCAGCAGCAGCAACAGCAGCAGCAUCGGGGAUACCUGUUGACUGGGCAUCAUGCGGACGAUCAGUUGGAGACGAUUUUUUUAAAACUCCUCAGGGGAGUUAACGUCCUCAACCUUCAUGGAAUGGAACCCCUGUCCGCCCUUACAGCAGAUGAUGCAUUCCACCACGUAGCUUGCCAGCAGGAACUAGCUGGCCUGCAGCAGCUAGCUAGCCAGAACCAGCUAGCUAUAGGGAGGCCAUUCCUGGAUCUUCCGAAGGAAACGCUGCGUUCCUACCUUAAGGCUUUGGGCAGUGUUUGGAGUGAAGACUCUUCGAACGGAAGUCCAAAGUACCUCCGCAACGCAUUUAGGUCUGCUGUGCUACCGGCCCUUGUUAGCUUCACGCAGCAGCAGCAGCGGGACCAGCAGCAGGAGCAGCAGGAAGAGAAGCAAAGCGAAGGACCUGCUGCUGUUGCUGCAGACCUUGUAGAGGCACCCAAUGCCGCCACUGGCUUGCUGCCAACUCCUUUGGGGGCUGCUGCGGAUGCUGCAGCAGCAGAGAGUGCAGCAGCAAGCACGCCGUCAUCUUCAACAAAAAGGGGAACACCAACAGCAGCAACACCAGCUGCUGCUGCUGAAGUGGCAGGCGCCCAUGUUGCAGCUCUGCGUCGUCGUUUGCAGCUACUGCACAGCCAAGUGCUGCUGCUAAAGAGACACAUAAACCAGGAGGCCUCCGCUUGGGAACGUGCUCACCUCGGUUGCACCGCUGCUCCUGCUGCUGCUGCUGCUACUGCUGCUGCUGCUCCUGCUAGUGCUGCUAGCAGUGAAACUUCUGAAUCAGGCCAUCAAGGUGCUCCAACAGCGGCGACCGAUGGAGCCUCAGCCGCAACAGGAAAAGCAGAAGUACCGCAUUCUAAACGCACUGCCAUGCAGCCGCAGCAGCAGCAGCAACAGCAGCAGCCUAAGCAGCAGCAUCAACAGCAACAGGAGGAGCUCCCCCUAACCGUGUGGGCCGAAGUUAAAUCGGAGUUCAUUCAGCUGCACUUGCUGCAUCGUUGGCUGCAAAGGGGAAUGGGCGGAGGCGAGCUGCAGCACAAAACGAUCCAGCUUCUCUCAGGCCGCCUUGCAGCAGCAGCAGCGCUAAAGAACAGCAGCAGCAGAAGCAGCAGCAGCAGCAGGCGCAGCAGCAGCAGCAACAACAGCUGGCAUGUUGAUGUUGGGGGAGGGUUUGCCGUUGCAGUAGAUGGGCACAACGCUUUCCUCAUUCGCAGACCCAACAGGCAGCGACAGCAACAGCAGCAAGUGCGUUAG